AUGAGAAAGAAGGUAUCAAACUAUUAGGAUUACUAAGAAUGCAAAUAGCAACAUCUCCUAAACUACCUCAGCACUUUGGAGGAGAAGGAUUAGGAGAAAUUAUUAGAAAAAUUGGAAUCUAUUAAUAUUAGGAAUCUACUAGAUGUCUAUAGUCAUUAUAAAGAAAGGCUUAAUGAGAAUUGUAACAUCAAUCCAAUCCGAAAUGUAUUCAAAGUAUCCUCUACUCCUCAAGAAACUCUUCAACAGUAUUAAAAAUUGGGGGAAUAACUAAUUUCAAAAGGAAAGGUUUGCGUUGCAAUGAUGGCAGGAGGUUAAGGCACUAGAUUGGGUUUUAAUAUGGCGAAGGGUAUGUAUGAUAUUGGUAUGCCUUCUCAUAAAACUCUAUUUCAAAUUUUUUGCGAACGUAUUUUAAGUCUUUAAAAUAUGAUUUAAAUUAGAAUGGGAUAAUGCUUACCUAUUUAAUUCUUUAUCAUGACUUCUGAUGUUAAUCAUGAAGAAACAAAACGAUAUUUUAUUGAAAAUAACUAUUUCAAUCUUCAAUCUGAUUAAAUCACCUUUUUUCAGCAGGAUUCCCUUCCUAUUUUGUCAAAAGAUGGAGAAAUCUUAUUGAGUGAUCACACAUCCAUCCUGGAAGGCCCAGAUGGAAAUGGAGGAAUUUUUAAUAGCCUCUACAAUCAGGGUUAUUUGGAUUAUAUGAAAUGUUUGGGCAUUAAGUAUAUUCAUAUAUGUCCAGUAGAUAACAUUCUUUGCAAAUUGUGUGAUCCUAUUUGGAUUGGAUAUACAGAAGCAAACAAUUUAACUAUUUGUAGCAAAUUUGUUAAGAAAGCUUAUGCUGAAGAAAAGGUAGGAAUGCAUGUCUUAAUCAAUGAUAAGCCUUGUAUGAUAGAGUAUAGUGAAAUGAUAUAGGAUGAUUUGAAUAAAACAAAUGAUAUAGGAGACUUGCUUUAUGAUGCAGGUGGAAUAGCUUAAAUGAUUUGUACUGUUGAAUUUACACAUUAAAUAUAUGAAGAUCCAUAAACUAGAAGUAAAUUAGCUGCUAAUUAUCAUGUUGCAUAAAAGAAAUACGAUUACUAUGAUCUAAAUUAGAGAAAAGUUAUAAAACCAGAGAGUAUUAAUGCUUUAAAAUUUGAACUCUUUUACUUUGAUUGUUUUCCUCUCUGUCCUGAAGAAUAAUUUGGUUUGAUUGAAGUAAGAAGAGAAGAUGAGUUUGCUCCUAUCAAAAAUGCUCCAGGAGAAAAAAGUGAUACCCCAGAAACAGCUAAAAAGUUAUAUAUGGAUCGAGAUUAAAAAUGGGUCAAAGAUUAUGGCUUUUCAUUUCCAUAAUAGAUUGAAAUAUCGGCUAAGAUAACAUAUUUUGGGGAAGGCCUUGAAAAUAUCUUACCAAAAUAUUUAGGUAAUAAAUAAAAUCCUCUCAUAAUAACAAAUGAUAGAUUAUCAACAUAAAAAUAACCUCAAUUAGUUAAAUAGCCACAACCAACAUAAUAGCCAUUACAAUAACCAUAAUAACAAUAAUAAUAAUCUAAACAACCAAUAAAGCAAUCAUAAAAAGGAGGAGUUAAAAAUAUAUAAUUCUAUCCAUAAGUUGUUUAUUCGUAAUUAAUUAAUUUAGUUCAAAAUUCGAUACUCCAAACUAAUUAUUACCCAUAUCAAUCAACACCUCAAAACUCAAGGAAUAUUUAAAUUUAAGAAUAUCCUGUUCACUAAAGCCAGGUCUUUAACCAAAGAUUAUCUAUGUAACAUCAAGCCGCUUCAUAAUAAUAACUAAAACAAGUGAAACCAACUGCAUUUCCUACACAAAGCAUUUCUACUGUUUCUACUACAAAAUUAAUUAAUCCAUAAAGAAGAUAUUAACCAAAAAUGCAUUCUUAAAAUCUUUUUACGUCAAAAUAGGUCAUAAUCUAGCCAGUAUAAGUAAAUUCAUCUCGCUCUCCUCAAAGAAUGACAUUAUAUUUCAAAUAAAGAGCUACGACUGUACAGAGGCCUACUAUGUUUGUCUAAUAGCGUCUGUUAAUAGUAUCAGCAUAGUAAUAUACAUCAUUAACUACAAUAAAAUAAUGA